CAAAAGGAAAUCUCUCGUUCUGCACCGGCUCACUAAAACUCCCGAAAGAAGAGAACACACAUCAACGCAUUUGAAGAAGCCACACAGUGCGCAUUGAAUCAGUGCGCUCAUGUGCCGUGGGGGCGGAGCCAGGUGUUAGUGGAGGAGCCAGGCGUUAGGGGAGGAGAGGAGUGGACGUCAGGUUGAGGAAACGAAACCAAAGGUUCAUAAACCAAAGCAACCCGACGUGGAACCAUUUCUCUAUAAGAAGAAAAAUAACACGCAUUAAAUAGUCUGACAGACAGAAAAAACAACAAGGAAUGGCCUCUGCUAACACUUCCUUGUCUGAGGAGAACUUUUCAUGUCCCAUCUGUCUGGAUGUGUUCAGCAAUCCAGUUUCCACACCAUGUGGACACAACUUCUGCAGAACCUGUAUUAAUAUGUCCUGGGAUGAACAAGUCCAGUGCAAAUGUCCUUUUUGCAACGAGCUUUUCAACACAAGACCUCAUCUACGUGUCAAUAUACUCUUAUCAGAGCUGACUGCUCAGAUUAAAAAGUCUGUACGAGUAAAAGAGCAGCCUUUUGUUGAAUCUGCAGAAGUUCCCUGUGACGUCUGUACUGGGACCCAGCUGGCCGUGAAGUUCUGCCUAGUGUGUUUAACCUCUUACUGCCAAACACACCUGGAGCCACAUCAUAGAGUCACAGGCCUGAAGAAACAUCAGCUGGUCGAGCCUAUGGAUAGAAUGUGUAAGAAACACGACCGACCUCUGGGGCUCUUCUGCAAGACUGAACAGGUGUGUGUGUGUCAGUCCUGCACAGAGACAGACCACAAGUUCCAUCCUGUUGUACCUCUAAAGGAGGUGUAUGAAGUGAAGAUGGCCCAGCUGGGGAAAAUAGAGGCUGAAGUUCAGCAGAUGAUCCAGAACAGAAUACGAAUGAUUCAGGGGAUUAAAGACACAGUAGAAUUUAGCAAAAAAGAGGCAAAUAGAGCGAAAGCCGAUGGUGUGCAGGUCCUCACCGCUCUGAAGCGGCGCAUUGCAAAGUGCCAGGAGGAUUUCUAUCGAGCAGUUGAAGAGAAACUCAAUUCCACAGAGAAACAAGCUGAAGACCUCAUCAAAGAGCUGGAGCAGGAAAUAAAAGACUUGACAAAUAGAAGCUCAGAGGUGAAGCAGCUCUCACACAAUAAAGACCACCUCCACUUUCUCCAGGCCUUCAGAUCCCUAAAGAAUCCUCCAUCCAGCAGGGACUGGAUGACGGUGGAGGUCCGUCCUCCGUCAUACGGAGGGACCUUAAGGAGAUCCAUGGAUCAGCUGGAGGAGACUCUGAACAUGGAGAUGAAGAAGGUGCCUGACCUGAAACCAGGCAUAAAGAAGUAUGCUUGUGAACUCACACUGGACCCGAACACAGCCCACAGAAAACUCUCUCUGUCUGAGGACAACAGAGAGGUGACACUGCUUAGAUGCAAUCAAGGGUAUCCUGGUCACCUAGAAAGAUUUGACUAUUGUAGACAAGUGUUGUGCAGAGAGGGUCUGACUGGCCGCUGUUACUGGGAGGUAGAGUGGGAGGAAAGGGUGGAUAUAGGAGUGACAUACAGAGGAAUCACAAGGAGAGGAAGGGGGGAUGAUAGCAUGCUUGGAGAGAACAACAUGUCUUGGUGUCUUCAUUGCGAUGAUAAUAAUGGUGAUGAUUUUUUCUCUGCCCACUUCAACGGUAGACAAACAGGCAUACCUGUCCCCUCUUGCUCUAACACAAUAGGAGUGUAUCUGGACCAGCCUGCUGGCAUUCUGUCCUUCUAUGAAGUGUCCCCAGAUGUAGGAAGGACCUCAGACACACUGACACACAUCCACACCUUCCAGCAUACAUUCACUCAGGACCUCUACCCUGGGUUUAUGUUAUAUGAUUAUGGUACCACAGUGACUCUGUGUCGGUUAUAGUCUCUUCCCUCCCUUCCUCCCUUGCUGCAUGGUGGGAUUGUGGUCUCUAGACUGAGUGACUUUCAAACGGUUGUAUCCUUUGUGUCUGUAUUUUUCCUUGUCAGCGUGUAAAUGCAGUGGGUCUAGGGAGGGUUUUGUGAUCUCUGCAGCCAGCCAGCUAUUGCUGGGCAGCAUUUCUGUUUGGACACAAUGACAGAGAUGACCAAACUCAGAAGUCGUGGGCCAUGGUAUAUGGCGACAGGGCCAUGGUAUAUGGCGACUGACAGAAUGUCAGUUGUUUUUGACAGUCUGUCAAAAACAUGGAAGAAGUGAAAAUCCAAGACUAUUUUUUAACACAAACAAUUGUUUGUCAAGUCAGUAAAAAGCCUAAUACAGGUUAAAGAAAAGGGGUCUUCUCUGACCAAGACAUCAACAGGUUGAAGAAUAUCAGAGAACUGAAUGAUGAUGAAGGUGAAAAGAUAAUCAGCAUUGUAGAGAAUAUUUAUGAACGUAAAUAACAAAAUAAGAAGCUAUCCACAAAAAUCCAUUGACAUACAGUAGCUCUAUAUUUCUAUGUGUGUAGCAAUAACUGCAGCAUGUUGACUUGAAAGCGAAUUUCAUGGAGUAUGCAUGCUGUUUUUCUUGUAAAUACAUUGUCAUUAAAAAAAAUAUCCCUCCCAUAACUUAUACACUCAUAACUCACACACACUCAUAACUCUCUCACACUCAUAACUCACUCACUUUUUUACUAUUACAUGAAUGGGUUGGUAUUUAAUGAUAACCCUGUUUCCGUAUCCCUCCGAGAGCUGAGCUCCAGAAGGUGGGGGUGUUUGCAGAUUAUGAUUAUGUCUUACACGCCUCUACACCCCCACUGGCCUUGCAGUGGCAGUGCAAUGGUCUUCGGGUGGUGCACGGGCACAAUCAAGUUAAUUGUGCACACCUGCAAAGGUGUGCUUAAAAGCCAUGCCUUCAGCCUCAGAAGGGGGCUUGCUUUCUCGUGACAACAUGUGCUACUGUCAAGACUUUUAACGUACAAUUAUUUAUGAAAGUAAAACACUUUACUGUUGGAUUUAAACUCUGUGGUCUGUAGCCAUAUUUUAUUGCAGCUUCCGCGCCAGUCGUAACAUGGGGGCUCGUCCGAGACUUCUUGAACCUUUUAGGGAGAUGGGUCCAGAGUUUUUUUGUUCGAUUAUCUUUGUUGUUUAUGUGAGUAGGGUUUUUGACCUGUUUUUAGAACUGGCUUUUGCACUCCCUGGAAAGAUUAGUGUGUGGAGAGGCUACCCCGUGGAGAAGGCAUGCUAGCCUCGAGCCCGGUAUGCCUCAGAAGAUGGUAAGGUUAUUCUAGCUAACUUGAAUAGGUCUGUGGAUUGCUUUCCUCGUCAACAUGUCUACCGAUUUUUGACAAACAGCCAUACUCACCACUCUUUUGUCUGGAGCAAUUUUGAGCCAUGUAUUUAACCUGUUCAUUAAAAAUCUGUAGCUUUUGUACGUGAAGCCUUUGGUGAGUUAAUUGCUGCUGAUUGACUGGUCAGUGUAGGUUCAUUAACAGAAAGCAUGUGGUGUUAGUGGUGUUAUAUCUGUGUGGACAUGCCCACUUUGUGUGACGAUCAGCAUUUUUGAUGCUUAUUAAAUGAGUGAGUUGUACGUGGAAAUGACCUUUAGUGAGAUGGUGGUCCGCCCACUUUUGUAGAUCACCUGUGUAGGUUGCUAGCCAGGUGAAGGCAGUAACUUUUAUUUGUGUGGUAGUGAGCCACACUAGUGAUCAGUGUUGUGGGUGUGAGCCACACUAGUGAUCAGUGUUGUGGGUGUGGCUUUCCAUUUUGAGUGGUCACAGGUGUGUGCUACACUGAACUUGUUACACCCCCACUGGCCUUAGAGUGCAAUGGUCUUUUGGUGGUGCACAUACACAAUCAAGUUAAUUGUGCACACCUGCGAAGGUGUGCUUUAAAUCCAUGCCUUCAGCCUCAGAAGGGGAUUGCUUCCCGUGACAACAUGUGCUACUGUCCAGACUUUCAACAAUUAUUUAUGAAAGUAAAACACUUUAUUUCGGGAAUUAAACUCUGGUCUGUCGCCGUGCUUUGUUGUGGUUUCCGAGCCGUAAACAUGGUCGUAACACCAUGUUUACAUGAGGGAGGUGUAAACUCUGCCCCCUAGAUAAUAUCACCUGUAAAUUAAACAGACAAGGACUUUAGUUUAAUAAUAUAAUAAUCAAGCAACCCAAACGACUAAUGCUUCCUGAAUUAGAAUCUCAACUAUGUGAGAUCUGUGAUAGUUUAAUGUUGUACUGCUGUCAUUUAGCAAAGAGUUAACAAGAAAUCAUUAGGAAAAUAACCCUUAAUUUAAAAAAUGUUGGCCAUUAUACAUAAUUAGAUUCCACUACAUUCUUCAAAGUGUGAUUUCUGUGUUUCUUUUUGGUUUACUGCUAUACAAUUGCACAUUUAUAGCAUGUUUCGAGGAUACGGUUUAUCAUACUAAUCUUUACAUUACUAUCGGUUAAUAUUUCGCAAUCAUGUACACUUUUCUGAAAGCAAUAAAAUCAAAGAAAAUUGAA